CCCACCUUAAAAGGUUUUUUUAUACAAACCCCCCUCGAUGGGUUUCCUGUGCUUGUAACCGCUGACCUACUUGCGAAUUGCCGUUCUUUGUUCCUUUUAUUUGUGAUCGUUGUCUAUUGCUGUGUUUUCUUAUUUGUUUGUGGUAUGUCUUCUGUUGCAUGGCGCCGUAUCCCCUGUAAAGCAUCCCAGGUUCGUUUGGAUGUCGUUCUAUCAGCCGGGCAGUCUUUUCGUUGGCACGAGACGAGUGAGAGAGAAUGGCGAAGCGUGUUACGGGGCAAAGUAUGGACACUCAAGCAAGAUGCUGAAUUUCUUUACUACACUUUACACGAUCCUGUACCAGCAGUUACAUCAUCAAUAAAGCCGUGUUCCUCAGAACAGUCUUCUUUACAGGGCGAAAGAACUAGCUCUGAUGACAAUCAAAAUUGGAAUGAUUAUGAGGCGAUACUUACAGAUUACUUCCAGCUAAAUAUCGAUUUGCAAGACUUGUAUGAAAAGUGGAGCGCUGCGGACAUCAAUUUCUCCAAAGUUGCAAAAUCUUUUACAGGAAUACGCACUUUAAGACAAGAGCCGGUAGAGAAUCUUUUUAGUUUUAUUUGUUCCUCCAAUAACAAUAUAUCGCGCAUAACAAGCAUGAUCAAAAAAAUGUGCUCGAAAUAUGGCGAAAAAGUGGCAAGUGUUGAUGGUAUUGAUUACUUUAGCUUUCCAACUGUUUCUUCACUUGCUGACCCUAAGGUAGAGCAAGACUUGCGCUCCAUGGGCUUUGGGUAUCGAGCAAAGUUCAUAAAUAAGAGCGCACAACUAAUAACAGAAUAUGGCGGCCAGGAUUGGCUGUUAUCUUUGCGGAAACAGAGCUAUCAGGAUGCCCAUUCAGCACUGUGUAAACUGCCAGGCAUUGGAUCCAAGGUUGCUGACUGUGUGUGCCUAAUGUCCCUGGACAAGCAUUCUGCAAUCCCAGUAGACACACAUGUUUGGCAGAUAACAGCUAAGUGUUACAUGCCAAACUUAUUAAAAAACAAGACUCUUACAGACAAGCUCUAUCUACAGAUAGGGGACCAUUACAGAUGUUUGUUUGGAGAGUAUGCAGGCUGGGCACACUCUGUGCUGUUUUGUGCAGAUUUGAAGAAAUUUCAAGCUUUGCAUUCAGCAGCUCCUCAAUCAAAAACGCUUCCAACAAAACCAAACAAGAGAGAAGCUCCGGGGAAAGGUCAGACAAAGAAACCUACAAAGAGAACAAAGAAAUAGAUUCCAAAAACAUGCACGAAAAUAUAGGUCUCGUUAUCAUCUCUGCUGUUUUUUUUUUUCAAUUUUAUUAUACUUAUUAUAUAUACUCUUGUAAAGUGAUAAACUGAAACUGAAGUGCAAAUCAAAUACAAUGGUAAGCUCCUACUCA